GAUAAAACCCACCCAGCCCGGGAUUCCUCCUGCACCAGCUCCUCUCUCCUGCCUUUCCAGCCCUCUCCUCUCCUUCCCAAACCAGCCAUGGCUCCCAAGAAGCCUGAGCCUAAGAAGGCCGAGCCUAAGAAGGAAGAGCCCAAGCCAGCGCCUAAACCAGCGGAGCCAGAGCCCAAAAAAGAAGUGGAAUUUAACCCGGCUUCAGUCAAAGUGGAAUUCACCCCUGACCAGAUCGAAGAAUUUAAGGAAGCGUUUUCCCUUUUCGACCGGACGCCCAAAUCAGAGAUGAAAAUCACCUAUGCCCAAUGUGGAGACGUCCUGAGGGCUUUGGGGCAGAACCCCACCCAGGCUGAGGUCAUGAAACUGCUUGGCAGACCCAAACCUGAAGAGAUGAAUUCCAAGAUGAUCGACUUUGAGACCUUCCUGCCCAUGCUCCAGCACAUUGCCAAGACCAAGGACACGGGGACCUACGAGGAUUUCGUGGAGGGGCUGCGGGUGUUCGACAAGGAGGGCAACGGGACGGUCAUGGGCGCCGAGCUCCGCCACGUCCUGGCCACGCUGGGGGAGAGGCUGACUGAGGAGGAAGUGGAUAAAUUGAUGGCUGGGCAGGAAGAUGCCAAUGGCUGCAUCAACUACGAAGCUUUUGUGAAACACAUCAUGGCUAACUGAGCCCAGGACAAGAUAAGCACCAACAAUUCCUUGGAUUUCCAUGUGCUGGAAUUUCUCCUUGUUUUCCAGCCCGGAUUCCCAUUCCAGAGCUCCAAACUGUGUCUAAAUCCCUGAAGAUAUUUGGAUAUUUUUCUUUAAUUUGCCUUGUUCCUCCAUGGGAAGUGUGAAUCCUGUGGAGAUCCAAUGGAAGAAACUGGAAUGUGAACUAUGAAUCCCUGGGAAUUUCUUUAGGAUGAAGGAUAUAAACAGAAAUACAAAA